UUUUUUUGCAAGUAGUGACUCGCGCAAGCAAGCAAACAACAAUGCUGGUAAUUGAUUAGCAUGUCGAAGUCGCUAACCGCGCGUCAUACAAGAAAAGAACAGUGUAAAGAAGGCUGCUAAAGAAUAAGAAUAACAGGCUGAGGCAUGUAAAAAAAGUUUUGUUUGUGGACGUUCUUACGAGUUGUGAAGGGUUUGCUGAAACUGGCACCUGCUGCUCUCUUAUGAUGGCGGAAACAUCGGUCACUCCCCUACCUACCACUGGUGAUGCGGACAUGUCUCCAGCUGCUGCUACUGCCAAGCCAGAGUCAGCCACGUCUGACAAUUGUGAAGUGAAUGUGUCUUCUUCCAAUACAGACAUAACCUCCACAGACAGACAGACUGAGAUCUCAGAAAAUGCCACUAUGUCUCCCACAUACGGACAGUCAAAAACUUCAGACUCUAUCAAGAUCGCCACCGCCGACAGCCAGUCCGAGCCAUCAGAUGUCACUCCUGCCCCCAUUGAGGGCGAGGCUACUCUCUCCAAGCGUCAGCGCAAGCGGCUGGCCAAGCGCGAGGCAUUUUUAGCUCAACGUCCCGCCUUACGACGUGCCGAACGACAGCGACGGAAGGAGAAACGCGCGGCCGCGGUAGCUGCCGCAAUAGCUGCCGGCGAUGCGCCUCCCAAACGCCCGCGCCUGGCGCCAAUGGCUUCUGGCAGUGGCGUCCAGGUGGUGAUUGACCUCUCGUUUGACGAUCUUAUGACCGAACGCGACCUGGGGAAGUGUCUGAAACAGGUACAGCGAUGCUACGCGGCUAACCGUCGCGCUGCGCGACCCGUUCAGUUUCUCCUCACUAGCAUGGAAGGGGAGAGUCGGAGACUGAUGGAUGCCAAUGAUGGCUGGCAGAAUUGGGACGUACGCAUAGAACGUGAUCACCUUCUGGAUGUGCUUCCUCAUGAGAAGGUCACCUAUCUCACCAGCGACUCGGAACAUCAGCUGGACAAGCUGGAGCCGGGCCGGGCGUAUGUGAUCGGCGGACUGGUGGAUCACAACCAUCACAAGGGCGAGUGCCUGCGGCGUGCGCGAGAGGCCGGCAUCGCGCACGCGCGACUACCCAUUGACGACUUUGUAGAGAUGAAGACGAGGAAGGUGCUGACGAUUGACCACGUGUUCAGCAUCCUGCUACUGGUGGCUGGUGGCAGCGGCUGGAGGCAGGCGCUUCAGCAGGUUCUGCCUGCCAGGAAAGGAGCCAUCAUCAAGGGAGAGACUUCGGACGGAGACUGUUCCACGGAGACAAUGGAGUCGGUGGGAGACGGUGGACCGGCGCACGCCGGCAGUGGAGAGGGCUCAGAAGCUGCAGCGACGGUGCAGGAUGACAUCGAGACAGCGAAAGAGGAUCCAGGGACGGAAAUAACACCAGGACCAGUUUCUGAGUCACAGAAGAAGGUAGAUGCACCGGGAGCAGAGCCGUCUGCUACGGGAACUCCUCAAGCAGUGAACCCUGAACCGGUGAAUCAUGUGCCGGUGAACCCUGAACCGGUGUCUAGCAGUGACAUAGGUGUGUGCGGUGGGAAAUCGGACGUUUCAACCGGUGCAGGGGACGGUGCGAAGUCCGUUGAGGAAUCUGUGGCCAGCGGUACGGCGGAAAGCUGACCAGAUGACCCCGUCAUGUCACUGUCAGUGUCGAGGGAAGAGGGCGUAAUGGACAACAUGCACAGGGUGGCAGAGUAAGCUUAUGACAGCAUUACCUUGUCUCGUUUGUUAUUCUUUAACGCGUGAUGGCUCGUUGCUGGAUUUUGGUGACAUGUGAUAGCUUUGUGAAUUGUGCGCCGGUGUUUCAAUAAAUGUGUCAUGUCACAUGUAUGAGGUCCAUUAGGGCGGCUCUAGACCGCUGAAAUAUAGAGGGUUAUGUCUUGA